UUUAAAAUCAUUUUUCAAAACACUUGCCUGCAAUAAUUGAUUACAUAUUUUAAUUUUCGCACAAUAAUCAGCCAGUAGAUGGUACAGCCUAUAUUGUCAAGACAAAGUGUAUGUUCUGCUUACAUUAUGUCAAAGUACACAGUGCACCCACAGAUUUAUAUUAUUUCCUCCUCCAACCACCAUGAUGCAAACAGAUUUACCUCAAAAAUCGUUAAAGCAAUUUUACAUGAUAUUUUUACCCUGAAUGACUAUACAUAGGUUAUAGGUUACACACAUUAACUCCCUAUUGCAUUUUCCAUGUUUUAUUAGUGGGAGAACAGAGGGGAAGAGGUGGCUCAGAUUAGACGUAUAACCAGGACACCAGGGUUGGCACCUAUACUCAGUGCCAACCUAAGCAGGGCAGUGAUUUACUACUAGAAUACGAUGGAACUACAUCACAUGCUGAUAUUGUCUUUGGUAUUAUUGUACAUGUUUUACCACAGUAGCUAGCUAGACAAUGAAUCCAGCAAAGGAAAUAGAUUACCACCCCCUCCUACCUAGAAAACAGUAAUCGUCACAGGGAUCAGCCCAUUGGCUACUUUCCAACUUACCUGGUAGACACCUACUGUACAACUAAGGUUUCAACAGAACCACAGUGGAGACAGAGUGAAGCCAAGAAAAAGAUUUGCGCUGGCAUGGACCCUCUGACCAUGACGAAUGAAAGGAUGCUUUUUAUGCUUCUGUUGAUAAUAAGUUUGGUGACCAAAGCUGUUCCAAUUCCAUCUGCUGCUGUGUGUGGCAUCACUCCACUCAACCCCAGGAUAGUGGGAGGUCAGGAUGCCCCUCCAGGAAGUUGGCCCUGGCAGGCAAGCCUUCAACAAUUUGGUCACCAUUUCUGUGGUGGUUCCCUCAUCAACAGUGAGUGGGUGUUGACUGCAGCCCACUGCUUCUCCAGCCCAAACUCCAACAAUGUGAGCGUUGUCCUCGGUCUACAAACCCAGGAGGGUGUUAACUCCAACUCAGUCUACAGUACUCUGGCUGAGAUCAUUAUACAUCCAGAAUAUGACGGAAGCACAGAGAACAAUGACAUCGCUCUGCUCAGACUCUCCUCACCAGUCACCUUCAAUAACUACAUUCGACCCGUCUGUCUGGCGUCAAAUGGCAGCAUUAUUGACAAUGGCGCUAACGUUUGGGUGACCGGCUGGGGAUACUUUCAGCAAGGAGAGCCACUUCCUUCCCCCCAGACUCUCCAAGAAGUGGAGGUUCCCGUUGUGGGGAACAGAGAGUGUGACUGCCUGUAUGGGGGACUUAUCACUGACAACAUGCUCUGUGCUGGGGAUCUAGAAGGAGGCAAGGACUCAUGUCAGGGUGACUCAGGAGGUCCGAUGGUGAUGAAGCAGACAUCUGCCUGGAUCCAGCCUGGGAUUGUUAGUUGGGGUAUUGGCUGUGCUCGUCCCAAUUACCCAGGAGUCUACACCAGAGUGUCCCAGUACCAGUCUUGGAUCACCUCCUACAUCAGCACCGACCCGCCAGGCUUUGUGUUUAUCCAUGGUGGUGUAGAUGGUGACAGCAAUUUCAUUUGUCCUACAGCCACGCCCCCAACUACCGUUGAGGUCUUAACUACUGUUAAGGAAUCAACUACCGCUGAGUUCUUAAAGGAUGAAGAUGAUUGUUCCAUUUUUGAUAAUGGUGAGGGUUUGUUUGGCUGCCUUUAUUUGCUGGGCGCCAUGCUCAUUCUGGCAUUACUUAGCAUUUAAAGAAAUGAUUAAUAUAAUGUGGCAAUCAAUUGCAGGGUUUUAGGGAACAGCCUUAGUUCAUGUUCUAUUUCUUUGGGGAACUCUAUUUCAGAGUGUGGUGCCCUGGAACAAUGACAGUGAGGGGACCUUAUUAUCAUUGAUUCUAUGCAUGUGCACCUCAAAAUAGUCCAGCUCUGCCUUUAAUUUUCCAGGACAGAUUUUCCAGAGUGAGUGUUUUAAGGGUUACUUAGAUUUAUUUAUGCUGAUGGAUUACUUAGAAUAUACAUUUAGUGCCUUGCAGAAGUGUUAAGAUGUGACCUAUAUAUUACUAAAUUAUUAAUUAAUGAUUCUCACAGAUUUAGAAGUCACGCUGAGAACCUAGUUUCACUCUAUUUAUAGCAGUUUUUGGAAUAGAUUAGCCUUUAAAAUUGUUAUGGGAAUAUUGCAAAAUUAUUUUAUAUUUUCAAUAUAAACCUUUGUAAGAUUUGGAAAUAGCAAAAAACAGUAACUCCCUAAGAUAUUUUUGCAAACUGUAAUUCAGAUUUACUCAAGGUUUUUUGUAUGGUGUAUCAAAUAUGUGCCCUCUAGUGGACAAAGUUAGUGUUGCAGUCCCCAAUGGGCCUGUUGUGUUGGUGUGGCUCCAUCCUACACUAUCCUACACACACUGUCACCUGUCUUUCCUGUCUUCUCUUCAAACUUUCCUAUCAAUAAACAGAUAGCUAAAAUUAUGUUUGAAGUUCAAACAUUAACCGAG